UUCGGCCAUUUCAACUCCACCUGCAAACCCCUCGGAGCGAGCAGCGGGACGGCGUCUGGAAACACCCGAAGAUGACUGAACAGGCUAUCUCCUUCGCCAAGGACUUCCUGGCCGGCGGCAUCGCCGCUGCCAUCACAGAAACAGCCGUAGCCCCCAUCGAGAGAGUGAAACUUCUCCUCCAGGUGCAACAUGCCAGCAAGCAGAUCACAGUCGACAAGCAGUACAAGGGCAUCGUGGACUGCUUUGUCCGCAUCCCUAGAGAGCAGGGCUUCCUUUCCUUCUGGAGAGGCAACCUGGCUAAUGUCAUCAGAUAUUUCCCCACGCAGGCCCUAAACUUUGCUUUCAAGGACAAGUACAAGAAGAUUUUCCUGGACGGUGUAGACAAACGCACGCAGUUCUGGAGAUACUUUGCAGGUAACCUGGCGUCCGGCGGCGCCGCGGGGGCCACGUCUCUCUGCUUCGUCUACCCCCUCGACUUUGCCAGGACGCGUCUUGCUGCUGACGUGGGCAAAGCAAGAGCGGAACGUGAGUUCAAGGGCCUGGGAGACUGCUUAGCGAAGAUCUUCAAGUCUGACGGCCUGAAAGGCCUGUACCAGGGCUUCAGCGUCUCAGUGCAGGGCAUCAUCAUCUACAGAGCGGCCUACUUUGGCUUGUACGACACAGCAAAGGGCAUGCUCCCAGAUCCCAAGAACACGCACAUCUUUGUGAGCUUGUUGAUUGCUCAGUCAGUGACAGUUGUUUCCGGUUUCAUCUCCUACCCCUUUGAUACUGUCCGUCGUCGUAUGAUGAUGCAGUCUGGUCGCAAAGGAGCUGAUAUUAUGUACAGCGGCACUCUGGACUGCUGGAGGAAGAUCGCUCGUGAUGAAGGUGGCAAGGCGUUCUUCAAAGGAACACUAUCCAACGUGCUCAGAGGCAUUGGCACUGCCUUCGUGCUCAUCUUGUAUGAUGAGCUUAAGAAAAUAAUCUGAACUGAUGUGUGUCUA